AUGGUUAAGGAAGAGGAAGAUCCAGAAAUGAGCACUGGACAAGUUUCUAUACCUCUAUUGCCCAGAACAAGUACUCGGGGAGUCCUUAUGAUAGGUGGGCACACUCUACCGGUUGGAGUUAUUACCGAUGGUUUGGGGGGCGGAACUUUUGUCUGUGACCCUUCAGAUACUUCUGAUAACAUGAAAACUAUCGAGAGUCUGGUUUCCGAGACACUAUCCAAUAAUACCUUCUCAAACUCGUCCUGCAAUCAAGUUCCACUUUCCCCUUCCAAUUUGACAACCUUGGGGGCAAAGAAAACUACAGAUUCACCUGUCUCGCCACCAGCCAUUACUUCUGCUCCUACGAAUACAUCGACUGUUCCUCUUAUACCUGCCAAUGACCAGGGUUUGGCAGUAGAGUCAUUGCGUCCUUGUGAUGACAUAAGUAUCGACCUUCGCAAGCUUGGAGGCGGACCGGGCCGGUCGGUCAAGUUGGAGUUGCGUGAACUUCUCGAUUUGGUAAUGGCGGCUGCCCAACCACAUUUCAAUCUGCCCUCUCUUCCCCCCGCCGGAAAAAUUGAAUGA